AUGCACGCCAAACUCUUCCUCACCACCUCUUUUGCGGCUUCAGUCCUCGCCGCGCCCCUUCCGGCCACCCCAAUCGAAUCACCAGUCGAAGAUGUGGAGCCCUUGAUGGUCCGAGAUGCGAGGCCCAGCGCAGUCAUCUCUCCGAUCCCGGACAACAUGAAGCGCGAAAUCCUCGAGCGACUAGAUGCCAUGGCCCAAAUCAAGCCGGCCGGCACAAAUGAGAAGCGUGAGCAUAUCGAGGGAGCGGCCAACACGAACGACAAACGUGAGCCUGAACCUGUGGGCACUGCAGGAGCAGCCAGCACGAACGAGAAGCGCCAGAAACCGGCCUAGCCUACAGCUACAGGCAAGCGGUCCAAGCGACAGAGCGUGAGUCCGAGGAUAAACGUCUACUGAGGUGCAAACGACACACAGUGGAGGCAAGGAUAACGUGGUUGAGGUAUCUUGAAUGCAGCUUCCUGCUUUCUCUGCAAUCCUUGUCCUAAUCUUUUCGUCUGACAAUUAUCGUGCUUUCCCUUCCUUUCCUGCUUCGUUUUUGAGCGGUUUAUGCCUUCAGAAGAACGGCGGCUUGGAGAUAGAGGUUGUGGAGCUUUCGAUGAGGCGAGAAGCGUUGUUGAACUGUAGGUUACAAUCUAUGGAUGUGACGACACUCCAAACUGCGAGCUCUUGUUAUUGGAAUCCACGAUGUUAGGCAGCGAUGGGCGACAGCCAUUCAUACCAAAAUGUCAC